UGUUGCGCGUGAAGGGGAAAUGGCUGCCGAAAACAAGCCGGAAGGACUGAAGAAAGUUCGUAAUCCGGAUCGAAUGUACAGAUCAGGAGUGUGUUAUGCUGGCCAUGGUCCACCUAAGAGUAUCAGUGAUGACACAGAGAGCCACAAUGAACAUGGACAUUUGAAAAUAUACCUGCCCAAGAAGCUGCUUGAAUGUCUACCAAAAUGCACGUCGCUGCCAAAAGAGAGACACCGAUGGAACACUAAUGAGGAGAUCGCAGCUUACUUGAUAACAUUCGAAAAGCAUGAAGAAUGGCUAACCACAUCCCCUAAAACAAGGCCGCAGAAUGGGUCGAUGAUAUUGUACAAUAGGAAGAAGGUGAAGUAUCGAAAAGAUGGCUACUGCUGGAAGAAGCGGAAAGACGGCAAGACCACACGGGAGGAUCACAUGAAGUUGAAAGUGCAGGGAGUGGAGACAGCAGACCCAGAGUCAUUUCAGAGCACGGGAGAUGGACAGUUAAACAAGGCUGUGCUGGCAGGGGGAGCAGAGUCUACAGUAACAGUUGACAGUAAUGCCUCCAAAUGUCUGUACGGCUGCUACGUCCACUCCUCCAUCAUCCCCACCUUUCACCGCAGGUGCUACUGGCUCCUCCAGGAAGGUCUUGCCAAGCUGAGCUCUGGGGCUGCUCCAGUAUCAGACCAGUGA